AUGCAAAUUUACAAGGUAUUUCUCACACAGUCUAAUAAACUAUUUUUGGGGUGUCUUCUACUCUGCUUUGUAGCUCAGACAUGUUGGCUUGUGCUUGUGUAUCAUCAACGUCAGCUAGGGUUGGAUUCAUAUUUUCGAGAAAGAUCACGAGAAGCCUCUUCGAGAUAUGACUCUUCGAGAAAAAGGUCAUUGAAUCGGAUGUUAAAGCUAUCCAGCAACACGUAUAGUGAUAGGUUACUGGACGAGCCUGUGGUAAAGACAUCACAGAGAGAAAAUGCCACAUUACUUAUGCUUGUACGUAAUUGGGAAUUACCGGGAGCACUGCAUUCUAUGAGAUCGCUCGAAGACCGCUUCAAUAAAGACUUCCACUACGACUGGACUUUUCUUAACGAUGUUCCAUUUGAUCCAGAGUUUAUUGAGGCCACCACUGCCAUGGCGAGUGGUAAGACACAGUACGCAUUGAUUCCAGCGGAGGACUGGAAUCGGCCUUCUUGGAUUAACGAGACUUUGUUCGAAGAGGCUUUACAAUUAAUGGAGGAGAAGAAUAUCUUGUAUGGUGGGUCCAAGUCAUAUAGAAACAUGUGCCGAUUCAACUCCGGCUUUUUCUUUAGACAGAAAAUACUGAACCAGUACGAUUAUUAUUUCAGAGUGGAGCCAGAUGUAGACUAUUUUUGUGAUUUCCCUUACGAUCCAUUUAAGGUGAUGAGGCUGAAUAAUAAGAAAUAUGGCUUUGCUAUUACUAUGUAUGAAUACGAAGAUACAAUUCCGAGUUUAUGGGACGCUGUCGAAGAGUAUUUAGAGGACACGGAGUAUCGAGACGUAGACAUUGAAAGUAAUGCCUUUGGUUUUGUCUCCAAUUUCGAUUUUUUCGGCAAAUCAUUUGCUGUAAUGGACAGUAGUAGCGAUUACAAUCUAUGCCAUUUUUGGACUAACUUUGAGAUCGGUGAUUUGAACUUUUUCAGAAGUGAGAGAUAUAUCAAAUUUUUCGAGCAUUUAGAUUCUAAAGGUGGCUUCUACUACGAAAGAUGGGGGGACGCACCAGUGCAUUCGAUUGCCGUGUCACUCUUAUUAAAGAAAGAUGAGAUUAUUCAUUUUGAUGAAUUGGGAUACAAACAUAUGCCUUUUGGUACAUGCCCGUCUGCAUACUACAUGAAACUCCAAGAAAGAUGCCUCUGUGAUAGCAAUCAUCCUGACAACAUCGACCUCAACGUCAUUAGCUGUUUGAGAAGGUGGUGGAAGGAUGGAAGUGGUAAAUACUUCCUCAAGCAUGAUUCAUAG